CUGGUUGCCUUCGCGGCGCCUGGGCCCUGAGAUGUGCGGUUCCCGGGCCCUUUCCAGCUCCAGACAUCUGUGGAAUUUAAGAACACUAUGGAGCUCAUCAGAGUGUAUCACUGAAGAAUAUGAUGGCUGAAAACAAUUUUGAAGUGCAAAAGAUUCAACAGCGUGUAGUAGCCAACAAACAACCUAGAAACAGGCCAUAUAUUUGCAAUAUUUGCUUCAAGCACUUUGAAACACCAUCAAAAUUAGCUAGGCAUUAUCUCAUUCAUACUGGUCAAAAGCCAUUUGAGUGUGACGUGUGUCAUAAAACCUUUAGACAACUAGUUCAUCUGGAGAGACAUCAACUAACUCACAACAUGCCUUUUAAAUGUAGUAUUUGUCAGCGCCACUUUAAAAAUUUAAAGACAUUUGUGAAGCACCAACAACUUCACAAUGAAACCUAUCAGAAUGAUGUUAAACAGGUCCGAAGAUUGUUGGAGGCCAAGCAAGAAAAGCCAGCGUAUGGAGUGUAUAAUACUUUCACCACAGAGGAGAGAUGGGCAUUACACCCCUGCUCUAAGUCUGAUCCCACAUAUAGUACCACGAAGAGAAGAAAGAAUGUUCAUGCAUGUACAAUCUGUGGCAAGAUGUUUCCAUCACAAUCAAAACUUGAUAGGCAUGUUCUCACUCAUACUGGUCAGAGGCCUUUUAAAUGUGUCCUGUGUAGUAAAUCUUUCCGACAGUCAACUCAUUUAAAAAUCCACCAACUCACACAUUCAGAAGAAAGACCUUUUCAAUGUUGUUUUUGUCAAAAAGGAUUUAAGAUUCAAAGCAAACUUCUGAAGCAUAAACAAAUCCAUACGAGGAGUAAGACUUUUCAGACUCUUUCAUUAAAAGUGAAGAGUCCAGAGUCAUGCCCCCUGCCUAAUAAAUUAAAUGCAAAUCAAGAUGGUUUUGAAAAUGGUGAUAUGGAUGAAUCUGAAGAGAAUAAUCCACUUGAUGUCCACUCUAUUUAUAUUGUACCUUUUCAGUGUCCAGAGUGUGAAGAGUGUUUUGAAUCAGAGCAGAUUCUCAAUGAGCACAAGUGUUUUCCUGCCAGAGGUGGCAAAAUUCCAAACAGGCUCAAAAGAAGCUACAACUAUAAAACCAUUGUUAAAAAAAUCCUGGCGAAGCUUAAACGUGCUGGGGGUAAAAAAUUAGAUAACUUUCAAUCUGAGAAAAAAGUAUUUAAAAGCAGUUUUUUGAAAAAUCGUGAUCAUCUUUCUGGUGAGCAGAACUCCGAACAAACCCAGAGGACAUUUAUGGGUUCUCUUGGCAAAAAUGGAACAUACAAGACAGUUGGCAAUAAAAAGAAGAAAACACUGACUUUACCAUUUUCUUGGCAAAAGCAAUUCCAGAGCCAAAAUAUGGGAAAAAAUUUAAAAGGUAUCCUUACAACAGAAAACCUAAUAACCAUGGAUAAUUCAGUGAAUAAUAAAGACUUGGCAAUCUAUGGUUCACCAGGUGAGGAAUUCUUUAGUAACUGUGAGGUACUUCAGUGUGGGUUAUCAGUUCCAAGUGAAAACAUACAUACUGGACAUAAGAUGUGUCCUUGUGACAAAUGUGAGAAAGUAUUUCCUUCUGUCUCCAAACUACAAAGACACUAUUUAAUUCAUACUGGACAAAGGCCUUUUGGCUGUAAUGUUUGUGGGAAAUCUUUUAGACAGGCAGCUCACUUAAAAAGACAUACACAAACUCAUAUUGAAAAGAAUCCUUAUAGAUCUCUUUACCCAGCAGAAUUUGGAAAUUUGAACAAACUUUUCAUUCAUUCAGGUGACAAUGUUAACUGUAAUGCUUCCCAACAAUGUCAGGCCCUUGGUUUUCAAAAACAUGAGGUCUCAGAGUCAGAUCAAAUAUCAGAAAUAGACAGUAAGGCAGAAUCAAAGGAUUUAGUUCUUGGUACCCACUGUAGGCAGCCCCAUCUUUCUAAUACACUUUUGGAAUCAGAGCAGGGCCAUCAUUAUUACAGUUAUGCAGGCCAUCAGGAGAGAAAUGAGCAUGGCCUGCUUUACUAUUGCAGUGUUUGUUCUAAAAGUUUCCGAUCUCCAUCUAAACUGGAAAGACACUACCUAAUUCAUGCAGGGCAGAAACCAUUUGAAUGUUCAGUUUGUGGCAAAACAUUCAGGCAGGCUCCCCACUGGAAGAGACAUCAACUUACUCACUUUAAAGAACGACCACAAAAGAAAGUGGUUUUAGAUUCAGUUGAGUAACUGAAACAACCGCUAAUAAUGUGUGGUCUCUGAUCUUAAAGCCUGUAUUAUUUAAAAUAAUUUUUAUCAAAAGGCCUGCAUUAGAUUGAUUUCAUAGGCAGUUGCUUGUCCUGCGUAGUAAGGAGGUAAAAUACAUAGAAGAUUAAUAUGUUUUAGGAACAGCCAAAUUAAUUUUUAGAAGGAAGAGCAU